AUGGACCCAACAACAUUCAAGUCUUUGCUCUACAAUACAUCAGCAGAUGGAAAAGUUGCCUAUAUAACGUUAAAUCGACCAAAGCAGCACAAUGCUAUUGACCAGCACAUGCCCUUCGAGAUACGCGCAGCAGUCCGGUUGGCCAACGCAAAUCCUAAUGUUCACUGCAUUGUACUUAAGGGCAAUGGACGUGGCUUCUGCGGUGGCUAUGAUCUCGAUAUCUACGCCGCAAACGCCGAGCGCGGGCAGACAGCUGGCAGCCAGGACCUCAGUCAAGGCUAUGAGCCGUUCCAUGAAUAUGCAUCUAUGAAGGAAUGCACAGACUGCUAUUCUGAGUUGUUUCACAGUUACAAGCCAACAAUCGCACAAGUCCAUGGAGCAGCUGUCGCAGGAGGAAGCGACAUUGCCUUGUGCUGCGACCUCGUUGUUAUGGCAGACGACGCGAGGAUCGGCUAUCCUCCAAGCAGGGUUUGGGGUUGUCCAACAACAGCAAUGUGGUCGUAUCGCAUUGGGCCCGAAAAGGCCAAGAGGAUGCUCUUUACGGGUGAUCUCAUCAGCGGCUCGGAAGCUGCGGCCAUGGGUCUUGUUCUCAAAGCCGUGCCACAAGCACAGCUGGAAGAGACGGUCGAACUUCUCACCGAAAGAAUCAAGAGCGUUCCUGUCAAUCAGCUUUGGAUGCAAAAGCAAGUCAUCAACAGCUCUAUUGAAGGCAUGCUUUGCUCAACUCAAAGGCUUGCGACUAUCUUUGAUGGCAUCACGCGAAAUUCGCCGGAGGGUAUCGAUUUUCAGCAGCUCGCACAGCGCGUGGGAUUCAAAGCGGCAGUAUCGGCCAGGGAUGAGCCAGGAAGAAGUGAGGAAUACAGAAAGAAGUGGAAAAGUGUGCUGUAA